UGUAAAUACCAAAUUAUUCGAAUAUGUCAAAAACUCAAAUUUUUCUUGUUAAGGUGUAGGAUUUUAAUAAAAUUAUAAAAAUAUUUUUCCAAAAUUGAGCCCGGAUCCUAAUUUUAAAAGAUUAAUUGGUUAUGUUAGCUUAGCAACUUUUGAGUUUAUAAUGCGAUUAAUAUUAAAUUGUGAGUAGAAAUGAUAAUUUCAAACACUGAGGAAGAAAGCAAUUUUGAUAGCUGAUGAGCGUCGGAAUUCCAUAUAUGGUUGUUUAUUAUGAGAUCGUGAUAUUAGAGAUAUAAUUUUAGAGAAUAUCAGAACUUUUAUGAUAAAUGUUGUGGCAUUUUAGAAAUUUUUCAUUCAAAAGUGCUAGUUAAAUUUUGUUGAUUAAAUUAGAAGAAUAUAAAAAUAAGAAAAAAGUUAAUUAAAAAUACUUAUAUAAAAAAAUUGGCUUGUAUGUACGUACAUGUGUUGCGCACAUGAAUCUUGACAGAAUAUAAAUGCAAAAUUUACCAUUUGACAAUUUAAAAAAUUCCUUUUAAAAUCGGUCGCAAAAUGUGUGUAUAAAAAUUUAAAUUAAUUAAGUCUGAAAAAUAAUCGAGUUUUGUCUUCAAGUAGUGUUUUAAAUUUUGAAUAAGCAUUUUGCAGAACACAAUAAAUUACGUACUAAAGAAAUGUCAAAUCCAAUUAAUGUCAGUACUCAAAACAAAACGGACGUUCAAUUACAAAAUCAAAGCAAUACAUCACCAUUGCAGGUUUCAUUGCAGCAAUCCACGACACAACGAGUUGUUGACAAUGUCCCUUUUCCGCCAAGUCACAAAUUGACAACUCCUGAAGUGUUUGAUCCAAUAACCGGGAAGCCCAAUCAUGAAUUGCUUAAACAACAUUUUAUAUUGGAAGGUAGAAUCGAAGAAACUCCUGCUCUAAGAAUUAUACAUGAGGGUGCCGCACUUUUAAAGUCUGAAAAAACUAUGAUAGAUAUUGAAGCUCCUGUUACUGUUUGUGGUGAUAUUCACGGGCAGUUUUAUGAUUUGAUGAAACUUUUUGAGGUUGGUGGUCCCCCGUCUUCCACAAAAUACUUGUUUUUAGGUGAUUAUGUGGAUAGAGGUUAUUUUAGCAUUGAAUGUGUUCUAUAUCUGUGGUCGUUAAAACUGUGCUACCCGAAUACAUUAUUUUUAUUAAGAGGUAAUCACGAAUGUCGUCAUUUAACAGAAUAUUUCACAUUUAAACAGGAAUGUAAAAUAAAGUAUUCCGAGCGUGUCUACGAUUCAUGUAUGGAGGCAUUCGAUUGCUUACCUUUGUCAGCUUUAAUGAAUCAACAAUUUCUUUGUGUUCACGGCGGUCUGUCACCCGAAAUUCAUGACUUGGAAGAUAUAAAAAGGCUUGAUAGAUUUAAGGAACCACCAGCAUUUGGACCAAUGUGUGAUUUGUUAUGGUCAGAUCCUUUGGAAGAUUUUGGUAAUGAAAAGAAUUCGGAAUUUUAUUCACACAAUUCGGUUAGGGGAUGCUCUUAUUUUUAUAGCUAUGCCGCAUGUUGCGACUUUUUACAAAAUAAUAAUUUGUUAUCUAUUAUAAGAGCCCAUGAAGCCCAAGAUGCUGGUUACCGAAUGUAUAGAAAAAGUCAAACAACCGGUUUUCCCUCUCUUAUAACUAUCUUUUCUGCCCCAAAUUAUUUGGAUGUUUACAACAAUAAAGCAGCAGUUUUAAAAUAUGAAAAUAAUGUUAUGAAUAUUAGACAAUUUAAUUGUUCUCCACACCCAUAUUGGCUUCCGAACUUUAUGGAUGUUUUUACAUGGUCCUUACCAUUUGUUGGGGAAAAAGUUACGGAAAUGCUUGUAAACGUACUUAACAUUUGCUCCGAUGACGAAUUAAUGUCCGAAGUGGAACAGGAGCAGAUCGAAGAGGCUAAUCUUCGUAAGGAGGUGAUUCGAAACAAGAUUCGUGCCAUUGGAAAAAUGGCGCGUGUGUUUUCUGUUCUAAGAGAAGAAUCAGAAUCAGUUUUACAAUUAAAAGGCCUAACCCCAACUGGGGCAUUACCAUUAGGUGCUUUAUCAGGUGGAAAGCAAUCACUGAAAAAUGCUCUUCAAGGUUUUUCACCAAAUCACAAAAUUACUUCUUUUGCAGAAGCAAAAGGUUUAGAUGCCAUAAACGAAAGAAUGCCUCCGCGGAAGGAUACUACACCAACUUCAACGGAGGAGAAGCAAAUAAAUCUUUCUAAUAAUGAAAAUCGUAAUCACACAAAUUCGUGAAUGCAUUGUCUUGCAAAUAUUUGAACAAACCUCGUAAGAUGCAUUUAUCUUACAAUGAUUAAAGAAUUUUAGAUUAAUAUAAAGAAGCAUUAUAAAUUUUAAAGUUAGCAUUAUGCACUUAAUUACACUUUCAAUACAUUAUGUAGAUAACUAUGAUAUUAUGUGUAUUGAAGUAAACAUCAUCUGUAUGUAUUUAAAUCAAAUUUAUGUGCAUUUAUCCAUACAUUUAAGUUAUGAGCAAUAUGAAUAGUUUAAUAUUAUAGGCAUGACCGUUGUGACUUGUUCCAUAAUUUGAUUUAUUAUUAUAACCUUAAUUUUCUAUUAUUUUACUUAUCUGAUAAAAGUUCUCUUACUUUACCACGCAUAUGCAUAAUUAUUUCCAAAUGAUUGUUAAUUAAAAUAAGGGAAGAUUGGACGAAAGCGUGGUUUUAAUUUACGAAUAAUUAAAAAAAGAAAUAUAAAAUAAAUGCAUUAAAACACAACCAAAAAUUAAUUUCAAAAUAAUCUUUUAUAGCUUGUUUUAGACAUGCUUACCUAUUAUCUAAUAAGAAGCUGAAUUAAUAUCGACGAAUAUCGCUGAAAUACUACUAGAAAAAACAUGAUUAACUUGAGAUCAUUAAAUUAUAAAAUUAAUGGAUUUAGUAUAAAAUCAAUAAAAUGAAUAAUAUAUAAAUUAAAUUAAUAAAAAGUAUUUAAAGGCAAAAAUUAUAAAAUAUUAUGAAACUCGUAUGCAAGUUUCUAUAUAUUUCCAUUAUAUCCAUAUGGUAUUUCCAUCUUCAUAACCCUUAAAUUAUCACAUUGCACAUAAUUUGUAUGUAAUAUAAGUUUUACAACAUUAAUUCAUAUAAUAUGCUUGUCUAACUUUAUCGUUAUAUUAUACAAUGAAUGUAAUUAUAUUAGACAUGCCGAUAGAUUUGCAUAAUGUAAUUAAAAAAAAGUUUUCAAAUUUUAUCAGUCCCAGUUUUUUAUUAAAUAAAUACUUAAAUGAUUAUAAUUGUAAUGCAGAUAAAUUCAUUCACAUUUAAAACUUUGUUUGUUUAUCAUAUUUAUCUAAUACAUUAUCUUGGAAGCAAGAAAAGAAAGAUUUUUCAAACUUUUUAAAAUAAAAUGUACUAUAUUAUUCAAAUUUUAAUCGUUAUAUACAUAUAAAAAAAUAAACAUAUGCAUAUACAUAUAAAAAUAAACUCAGCUAAAAGCUCAAUUUGCUUGAUUUAAAAAAAAUU